GAGAGUGUCUUGUCUGUCUGUCCGUCUGUCUGCAGUCCAAACCAUUGGUCUCAGUACUGACGUCCUCAUGAUUCUAAAUCUCCCAGAGUUCCGCUCUCCGUCUCACGCCGGCGGUCUGAACCGCUCCGCCUCCCUGAGCUGUACUGAGCGCGCUCCGGACGCCCCGGGCUCCGUGGGCGGCAGCAACUCCCAGCUCCCCGGCACGCCCUUCCAGUACACGCCCGACUUCUGCGUCCGCGCCCUCACCGACCUGCAGUUCGUCAAGAUCACGCGGGCCCAGUACCAGAACGGCCUGCUGGCCUCCCGGCUGGACAGCAGCCCCCAGACCCCCGAGGCUGGGCACCCCCGCCUGGACACCUCCUUCUCCCUGCCCCCCAUCAGCCCCCCGGCCCCCCGCGCCUCCGUCCCCCUGGCGACCCCGCCCGCCCCGCGCCCGCCCGCCCUGUCCCAGCCCGCCCCGCCCGCCUCCGCCCGCUCCACCCCCCCGACCGUCUCCCGGAGGUCCUCCCCCACGCCCAAGCACCCCCUCCCCCUCACCACGCCGCUGGUCACCGCGGCGACCACGGCGCCGGGGGGCGACCAGCUCUCCAAACCCUCGCCCUCGCCCCCGCCCCCGCCGCUCCCCGCCUCCUCCCCGCCGCGCCCGGAGCACGUGGCCCCGCCGGGCGAGACCACCACGCUGCUCGGCGAGCACCAGAACUGCAGCGGGCCCCCCGCGGCAGUGGGCGUGGGGGCCGGCACGGCGCGCAAGCCCAGCCACCCCUACGCCCACGUGCACACCAUCAGCCACGCACACACCGAGAGCACUAUUUAG